AUGUCCUCUCGACUCGAUUUACUCGAUGUUUAUCCUGGCGCCGACUCCGCCGGAGGGAAUCCGACUCCUCACAUGCCGUCACCGCGCGUUGAACACUUCGAUGGCGAAGUCCCUCCCAACCUCUCUCCGCUCGACGCAUUUGCGAUGCAGAGUCGGGCACUGGCAAGACAACUCGAUGAGUCGAUGCGAAGAGACCGGCGGAUGAGUCGAUUGCCUCCGCAAAGCGUUGCACGAUCGCUGUCGCAGCCUCGACCUGGAUACUUUCGCUCUGGUCCGGACCAGGCUCCGCGCAGAGCAGCUCGAAGCCCAGACCCCAAUGCGCAUCAUGCUUUCGCGGAAGAACCGAAAUUCAGGCCCCAGUCGCAGCAUCCCCGGAUUAGUGGAUUAUCGAUUCUACACAGUGAAGAGGAUGACUCCGAUCUGGCACCGAUUCCGGACGCAGACCCGAACAAAGGCCUUGCGGGGGAAUACUUUCAUUCGCUAAGAGCAGAAUCUCCAGAGGAGGAUCCGUCGUUACAAAACAGCUCAACUAGUACGCUAUCUACAAAUACAAUGCCUCACAUUCGCACACCCUCGACCUCUCGCGAGUCAUCCUACGAUUCCAUUCCGCCUCCCUCAGCAGCGUCAGCUACGCUAGCCCCCGCAUCGCCUAUUCCGCCGUCCCUAUAUUAUAACAACGGACAGGUAGAGAGCUCGGAUGACGACUAUACCAGUUCCAACGGCGGUUCGACUUGGUCAAAGUCUCGAAAGUUAUCUACAGGCAGCGGAAUAUCCAUGCCGCAUUCGCCCAUGUCUCCAUUUGUCCGGUCGCAUCCACGGUCGCCAUCCGUUAGCUCAGAAGCUUCCAAUUAUCUGCCGCGUCCGUCGUUUAACUUCUCUCGACCGCUCAGUCGUUCUAGCACGAGUAUGAGUCUUCCAGCGCCGUCACCGGUUAUAUCUUCCGAAACACCUAGCCAGUCAAAUUCCAACGCCUCGACGCCAGCUAUCGACCAGCGCCCGACAAAUGGAAUUCGAAGAGAAAACAAGCCAGCUCCAAUUGUGCUGGGGGCAGGGCCCAUGUCUGUAGUGGGCGAAGAACCACCGUCAUCGGCUGUAUCAUCAUAUGUCUACGCCAAGUAUUCGCUUCCGCGAGGACGGAUGGUCUCGAGAAAUUCUUUAGUGUUUGCCGGAUUACAAACGCCUCACUUUGAAUGGAAAGAACCGCUUUUCCAGAGUUCACCUACAUCGGAGUACCCCCCCUCGCCAGAGGCACGGUCGAAAGAACCGCCAGUCAAUAUUGCGUCCGACGCGCCUACACCGAAACCCGGGGCUGAGGCUGCAUUAGAUGUGGCUACACGCGUCGACCCACUGGAUACCGUGCCCGCAGCCACUGUACGCCAGUCUCAUGAAAUUGUUCGAGAGACGGGGGAGCGUCCUGUUUUGCAACGUUCAUACAGCGAGCGAUUAGACGAUACGAUGUCGGUAUCAACCGAGUCGAACAGCACCAUUCGGCCGCUCACUGCAAAAACCACAGCUACAACAUCACCAGUUAUGGAGCAAACGGCAGAAGAACACGUCGAGAAGGGCAUUGAAUGUCAUGAAAAGGGGGCGCUGCAGGAGUCAACGUAUCAUUUGCGGAUUGCGGCAAAGCAAAACCAUCCGACGGGCAUGCUAUUGUAUGCCUUGGCUUGUAGACACGGCUGGGGCAUGCGAGCCAAUCAAAAGGAGGGUGUUCAAUGGCUGCGAAAAGCCGUUGAUUCCGCCGGCCUAGAAAUUGGCGAGGAUGAUGAGGCGCCCACAGGUGGUAAGGAUCCGGCUGCUCGUAAAGCUCGGCGGGCGCAGUUUGCUCUUGGCAUUUACGAGCUCGGGGUUAGCCAUUUGAAUGGCUGGGGUAUUGAGCAGGAUAAAGUGUUGGCACUACGAUGCUUUGAGAUUGCCUCGCAGUGGGGCGAUGCCGAUGCUCUUGCGGAGGCAGGAUUCUGCUACGCCGAGGGCAUUGGAUGUAAGAAGAACCUGAAAAAGGCGGCUCACUAUUAUCGCUUGGCGGAAGCCAAAGGGAUGAGCAUGGUUGGAAAUAGCUGGAUCUACAAAGACAAGUACAUGAGUGAUGAGGACGACUCAAAGCGCUCUCGACAAUCACGAGAGCGCGACACCGGGGCAUCGGAGAAGAAGCCACGCAGCAAGUCUCGCACGCGCAGCAUUUUUGCGCGAAAAAGGCCGACUGCAUGA